CAAUAGAAUGCACAAACACCUCUCAUUACCACAUAGUCUUGAAUUCACGAGUUAAUCUAGAGUAUCUUUUCUCCAAUUGAACAUCCGCAAAGAUGAUGAAAGCUAUAAGCGUGAGGGGUAACACCGGAAACGCUGAUGCUCUGUUUGUCGACAGCAUCCCCAUUCCAGUGGUAGGAGAUGGGCAGGCCUUGGUGAAAGUGAAAGCCUUCGGACUGAACCGAAUGGAUUUGUUACAACGGGAGGGUAAAUACCCAGUGCCACCCCAAGCCCCAACCACCAUGGGGGUCGAGUUUUCUGGAGUAAUCGAGAAGCUGGGUCAACGCCCAGAAGAAAGCUUUGGGGUCGGGGAUGAAGUUUUUGGUUUGGCAUAUGGUGGGGCCUAUGCUGAGUACAUUGCUGUGUCGACCCACAUGUUGAUACAUAAACCACGUGAGUUGACUUGGGAGGAGGCAGCGGGGAUACCUGAGGCUUGGAUAACCGCUACUCAGGCCUUAGACCUGAUUGGGAACUUUGGGCCCGGGAAGUCGGUGCUCUGGCAUGCAGGGGCUUCCUCGGUCUCUAUAGCUGGCAUCCAACUUUCUAAGAUUGACAAUGCGUCUGCCAUAUACGUGACAGCGGGCUCACAAGAGAAAAUCGAUUUCUGCGUGCACCAAUUAGGUGCCACUGCCGGGUUCAAUUAUAAGAGCGAGGAUUGGGCAUCUGCCAUCCUGGCACAAACGAAUGGUCGAGGUGUUGAUGUCGUUAUUGACUUUGUGGGUGCAGCGCAUUUCCAAGGCAAUUUGGACGUAGCUGCAAAGGACGGGCGCAUUGUUCAGUUGGGCCAGAUGAGUGGUUCAAAACUCCCUGAAGGUAUUGAUAUAAGUGGAAUUCUGAGAAAGAGACUGCGACUUGAAGGCAGUACACUUCGAAGCCGCGAAGAAGACUAUCAAAAAGCCUUACGUGAUCUGUUGGUUGAUCAUGCGCUGCCAAAAUUCAAAACUAGAGCUUUCAAGGUUUUGAUUGAGAAGAUUUACCCCUUCGAGCAGAUCACUGAAGCCCAUAAAUUGCUUGAGAGCAACACCACAAAGGGAAAGAUUAUCUGCACUGUUGGAUAGAACACGCGCACGGGGCAGAUGAGUCGAUUGGCAUUUAGGUGAUGACAAGUCUCCUGUAAGAAGUGGGUCAGGUCCAUUCACGGGAUUGUCAAUAUAAAUCUCAUCGCAUAUUUGACAAUUAGCUUAAGCCUAGCUAGAGACCAGCUAUAUAGAUUAUGGAAGCCAAUUCAGAUAUCCGUUGAAC